AUGUCGCGUUCCUACGACAGAGUAGACUAUGCGCUCGAGGCGGUGCGCAAGGGUACGUGCGCUGUCGGCAUCCGCGGUAAGGAUGUCGUCGUGCUUGGUGUUGAGAAAAAGAGUCUGCAGCAGCUGCAAGACCCUAGGACGGUGCGCAAGACGGCGAUGCUCGACGACCACAUCUGCCUUGCGUUUGCCGGCCUGAACGCCGAUGCGCGCGUCCUCAUCGACAAGGCGCGCAUCGAGUGCCAGUCGCACCGCUUGACUGUGGAAGACCCGGUGUCGGUCGACUUCAUCACGCGCUACAUUGCUGGUGUCCAGCAGAAAUACACCCAGUCGGGCGGUAUGCGUCCGUUUGGUAUUUCGACGCUGAUCAUCGGCUUCGACCCCAACGACACGGUUCCGCGUCUGUACCAGACCGAGCCGUCGGGCAUGUACUCUGCCUGGAAGGCGAACGCCAUCGGCCGCUCGUCCAAGACCGUGCGUGAGUUCUUGGAGAAGAACUACAAAGACGACAUGUCGCAGGAGGAGUCGAUCAAGCUCACCAUCAAGAGCCUGCUUGAGGUCGUGCAGACCGGUGCAAAGAACAUCGAGAUCGCGCUGAUGACUGGCCACGGCGAAGUGCGGACCCUCGAGUUGUCCGAAAUCGAAGAGGUGGUCAAGGCCAUCGAGGUCGAGCAAGAGGCCGAGGCGGAGCGCCGCCGCACGCGUCUCGCUGCGACGGCGAGCGCCGCGGCGUCCAUGUCGGGCGGAAAUGCGUAG